UUGGCUGGGACCCAAAACAUUGUAAACCGGCGUCCCCUCGUCCAAAAAGUAUCGAAACAAAACUUUUAUCUGCGAUCAUCCGCAAAUUUAAACCAAUUUUCAACAUUUUACCGUGCUAAACCGAUAAAAGGAAGUGCAAAAUGUCGAUCGGCGUGCCAAUUAAAGUGCUCCACGAAGCCGAAGGGCACAUCGUAACCUGUGAAACGAUUACCGGUGAAGUUUACAGAGGAAAACUCAUAGAAGCAGAGGACAACAUGAACUGCCAGAUGACCCAGAUCACGGUAACUCAUCGCGACGGCCGCAUAGCCAAUUUGGAAAAUGUUUACAUUCGUGGAUCAAAAAUCAGGUUCCUGGUGUUGCCCGACAUGUUAAAGAAUGCUCCGAUGUUUAAAAAGCAGACGAAGGCUGGGACGGCGGGCCGGGGGAAGUCGGCGAUAUUACGAGCGCAAGCUCGAGGCAGAGGAAAUCGGUCUGGCCAACAGGCCUCGGGCGGAGGGAGAGGCAGAAGUGGCCAACCGGCCUGGCAAAAUCCAGCUCAAGCUGCACAAGCUGGCAGAGGACGUUGAAAUUAAUUUUAUAAGGCUGUAUUGUAAAUAUUUAUUUUUUCUUUAAUACCGAGGUUCAUUACGGUAUAUUAGAAUAUUAUAGUUUAAUUUGUAAGGAAUAAAGAAUUUUUUUUUUGUA